UAAUUAAUGUUUGAAUAAUCAUCAUAUAUUUACAUAAUGUAUUCCACCUCCAUAAAAUAUAAAAUUCGUUGUUAAGAAAUCUAAUAUUAGAUUAAUCUAGUAUAUUCUAGAAACAAACUUAGAUAAAUUUGCUACCGAAUCAUUAUGAUUCUUCCAACUUUUAUAACAUAUCUAAAUAAAAUGCCUGUAUCCUAAUAUAUUCCUAUUACCAUACAAUAAAUAUGCCGGCAUUUGUAAGAUUACAACGUGGAAGCUUUGUGCGUUGUUCGACAUAUUUGCUGCGGUGUGUCCCACUUAUUAGUUGAGCUACUCAUUUAUUUGCCCCUUGUAUUGCUCAUUCGUUGACAUUAAAUUGAAGUGCCAAGUAGCUUACUCUAAAUACAGUGUGGUUGUAAUAAUAUUUAAAAAGCAAUAAAGAUCAUGCCGGAACCAUAUCGCCAUGUUGUAGAACGUGAACCAGCUAGAUGUUUCGAGAUUCGCUAACUAUAAUUUUCUAUAGUAUUGUUUAGAUCUAGUUCCUUGUAAUACAAAACUUCUUUAACGAAUUUAAAUUACUGUUGGAAAGUACUUGUACGUUUUAUGUAAAUAAUCUACACACGCUUAUAUACGAUAUACGGAUAUGCAUAGUCUUAGACUUUUGUGAUUAUGUAGACUAAUAUUGGUGAAGCAGUGUUGGCCGAGAGGCUUCUGCGUGCAACUCCAUGGUUACGUAGAACCCAGAAAGAUGGCGUUACUUCUACGCUUUACUAUCUCCUGUCUUCUCUUAUCGUGCCACUGGUCAUGGACCAAUGCGGAACUGUUCACUGCCAUAUCAGACGUCGAACCUCUUCUGGAGACACAUAAAAGGAUCAUAGAUGACCUGGACGAAUAUAUCCUAAAGGAAGAAGAAAGACUGAAUGUUUUAAAAAGACAUCUGAACAUAUAUAAAAGAGAACAUGAAAUAGCAAUGGAGGAUAUUCCCAACUAUUUGGGAAAUCCCAUUAAUGCGUUCACUCUUAUCAAGCGAUUGACGUCUGAUUUGGAUCACAUCGAGCACAGCAUUGAGAUCGGGACAGAUUAUAUAAAGAACUUGACAGUGAACCACGCUGAUGUCAAAUACCCAACGUUGGAAGACCUUGCCGGCGCUGCCCAAGCUCUCACGAGGUUACAAGAAACGUACUAUCUCGAAGUCUCUGAAUUGGCUGAAGGAAGACUUAAUGGAGUCAACUACAGCGCCCCAAUGAGUGCAGGCGAUUGCUAUGAGCUUGGCAAAGCACUCUAUAAUGAAAAAGAUUACACGAACGCACUUGCAUGGAUGAAAGAGGCUAUGCGAAAGUAUAAAGAGGAAAACCAACCUUAUUUGUUUAAGGAAAUCGAUAUUAUGGAAUAUAUUGGAUUUGCUCACUAUUUAUUAGGUGAUGUCAAAUCUGCACUAGAAUGGACAAAAAAGAUGCUAUCUCUGGAUCCGAAACAUGUGCGCGCGCGCGGUAAUGUUCCUCAUUACAAUAAAAUUAUAUCAGAAGACGAAGAAAAACUACGGAGACGAAGGCGCGGGGUAGGUCCUGAUGAUACUGGGAAUGAAUUAGAGGAAGAAACCACACAGAAGCCGGCAACACUCACUCCAUACGCGAAAGAGAGAAAAGUCUAUGAAAAACUCUGCCGUGGCGAAGUGGACCUUCCACAAGAAAUAACUAAAACGCUAACCUGCAGAUAUUUAACAGAAGCCCAUCCAUUCCUGCGAUUGGCAGCCGUGAAGAUGGAAUAUAUGUACCGGAACCCCGAUAUUGUUGUAUUCUAUGACGUACUAAGCGAUCAGGAAAUAGAUCAUAUCAAGAGGAUGGCUAAGCCAAGGUUCAAACGUGCUACGGUCCACGACCCAAAAACUGGCGAACUAGUUCCAGCCCACUACCGCAUCAGCAAGUCGGGGUGGCUGAAGGAUGAAGAAUCUUCCAUAGUGGCUCGCGUGUCCCGCCGUGUGGCUCACUUCACGGGACUCAGUAUGACGUCGGCUGAAGAACUUCAGGUCGUUAACUAUGGGAUUGGGGGUCAUUAUGAACCCCACUUUGAUUUUGCGAGGAAACAAGAAACUGCGUUUGGAAAGGCUAAUGGGAACAGAAUUGCAACAGUUUUAUUCUAUAUGUCGAACGUGGCUCAAGGUGGCGCCACAGUCUUCACGGAACUGGGUCUUAGCGUCUUCCCUGUCCGUGGCGCUGCUGUUUACUGGCUUAAUUUGCAUCCGUCUGGUGAAGGCGAUCUGGCGACACGUCACGCCGCUUGUCCUGUCCUCACUGGAUCUAAAUGGGUAUGCAACAAAUGGAUUCACCAAGGUGGCCAGGAAUUAAUACAUCCAUGUAAUCUGGAGUACCAACCCGAAAGUAUGCGACGUAAAAUCCCGCGGCCGAUUCCAAAAUCAUCCAGAUAGGUAUAGCUGUAUUCAGAUUUUGCUGUGCGCCAUUCGAUAUUUUAUAAUAUGUUGUUUCCUUAAUAUAAAAACUUAAGAUUUGUAUUAGAACUAUUUGUGUUAAGGCUCGGUACACCCUGACUCCAGCUUUCCCAAACGCCAUUUUUAUUUGUUGUAAAAUAACACGACUGCAAAAAAAAAGUUGUUUACUUUUAUAAGUUUUCGGUUUAUUAUAUAAGCGAAAAGAAAAUUGCAUUUUGUGUGUAUAGUUCGCUUUUAUUUUAGUUAUAAAACACAGAUUUUGAAAAAUAUAAUUUAAUCAGACCCAAAAAUUAAAAAUUCAAACAAAACUUUUUCAUGUCUUUUUUCGUCUAACCAUAAUAAGUGUCUCAAGUCAAAGUCAGAAUUAACAAGAACAAAAUUAUUGUGUUGACGUGUAAUGAAUGAUUGACAAAAGUCUAUCGACAUAAGUCCCACAGCGUAGUUUAUACACUUAUGCAGGAUAUUAUAAUUCCUGUACAGUAUUUGACAUGAAAUAUAAAUUUUUGUACUAACAUUCUUAUAUGUGAAAAAAUUAAUUUAAAACUAGUAAACGAAAACCUGGAGUUAGGUAGACAUAGAAACUUUUUUUAUAAAAAAUUAUUACCGUGGGGUAUAAGUUGGCGUGCGUCAAAUAAACUAAUUAAAAUAUCAACUUACCAAAUAUUCUCUCUCAAAUUUAGGGGCUCUUGUCUGUGGAUUAAUCGCCAAUCAGUGCAGUUCUGCGUCAGUGUCUUGACCUCCUGGUAUGUCUCGACCUCAGCUUUUUCCAUGAUCUGGUCUAUGUAAGCUAUUCUCGGUCUUCCUCGUCCUCUCCUGCCUUCUAUUUUCACCUCCAAGAUCUUAAAGAAGUUGUCGUGUCGCUACAGGUGUCCAAUCAUCUUCCCUCUCCGGUUUUCUAUGGUACUCAGCUGAUUUCGUUUUUCGCCGACCAUACCCAGCACCUCUUCAUUGGUAUUCUUUUCUGUCCAGCUUAUCUUCAUCAUUCUUCAAAUGCUUCAAGUUUUUGUCUUUCUUUUUUAGUAAGAGUCCAUGUUUCGCUACCGAGAGCAAUGCUUCUAAAUCUACAAAGACUAUGUAAGUGUCCUGUCGUAUAUCCAUUCUCCACAUGAAACAUGAUGCUUAUUAGUACUUAUUAGACUUUCCAAAAUACUUUUAAUAAUAGCAUUCGAGUAAUACCUAAGGGGACGCGACAACACACCAAUUGCCAACAUAUACUUAACAGUCUUGGUUUAGCUAUUAGCGAAUCUAAUACAUAUAUUAAAGUUAUAACAUAAAUUAAGAUAAACUAAAUUGCAUUUAAUAAAUUAAUGUAUCGUAAUUAUUAUCUUAGAUGGCAACUAGUAUGAAAUUAACUUUAUUACUUUAAAUUUAAUGAAUACAAAUAUAAGUAGAUAUGAAUUAUCAAACCGGUAAAAAGUAAAUCGGUCUCAUUGAACUGGUUUAAUUAAAGUACUGAUAUUUCUAGUAAAUUUUGUUGUCUCUGACUUAAAGUCGUAUGUGGGGCGUAAGGUAUCCAUCGUAGAACAGCACCUGAUUGGUCUAGAGCAGUUCUUUUUACAUCAUUAAAGGCCAUUCCAGCUUCUUUUGUCUCUCCUUAGUUGCCAGGUCUGUUUUGGGUUGCCCGGUUUCGUCAUAUCUGGAUUCCAGUCGAGAAAUUGCUGGACAAUGUGACUUUUAGUAGUGGGAGUGUGUGGACGACCAGAUUCCAUGUUAUUGUUAGUGCUUUAAUUAAAAUUUUACUGGGAGAAAUAGUUGUAUGGGGAGUGUCAAUUCAAAGCGACAAUACUAUAUUUAAUUAUAUAAUGUGUGAGUUCAAAUUAGCAGUUAUGUAACAAAACGUUAUUAUCUACUAAUAAUCUUUUCGUCAAAAGCUAAUUCUAUGUUUUAUCUGUGUGAUUGUAAUUUAUGAUUUAUCAACUAACUGCGUGGACUAACUUUCAUAUUGAGCAAUCACAAAUGAAAUCCACCAUUAUCGUGUGCACUAUAGUCUUAAAAUAUAUUAUUUUGUAUAUCAAAUUACAAUCUCGUAUUGAAGAAGAAAAAAUAAAUAAUAAAGUUUAUUUUCAGAGCCAUAGAUGAAAAUUAUGUAAAGAUUAUAUAGAUUGAUAUGCGCUAUCUUAAUCUAUGCUAUUUUAGGUUUGAAACACACAUAUAAAAAUUGUAUAUCUCAAAUUUCUUGCCUCAAUUAGAAUAUAAAAUGAGGCUUAACGUAUAUUUUAAGAACAUUUAUAAAGCCAUAUUAAAGCAUUUAUUUGUUUAAGAUGUGUGAUAAUAAAACGAAUUAAUAUAUUGAAUAUUGCUUUUUUUAUUGCAAUAAAAUAUUUUUUUAUUUGUAUUCCAGUGGUU